AAUAUUCAUGAAACGAAUCACUAUUGGAUGUUCAUGAAGUGACGUUAGGUUAAUAAACAUGAGCUGAACCUUUUUCAUACUAGGUUUAGUAACUGGGGUUUAUAUUCCUUCUAGUAGACAGCGGAUAAACCAAAGUCUCAAUUUUGGCGACAGCGCGAGCCCGAAAGAAAAUUGAUGCUCAAGUGAAAUUAUAGUUCUGCACCCUGUUUGGAAUAUUUCUACAUUUUACCUUCAACGGUGUUAAAAUAAUUGAUCAGUUUGCAGAGUUUAAGCGUGUACUAUGGAGUACUGGAGGCAGUGCAGUUUAUGGUUGAUUAGUUGUAAAGUUUUGCCCCGGAAUCACCGGGUCACGGCGUAAUCGGCGCAGGUUUUUGAUUUAGCUCAAACGCUACGCGAUGGAGUCCUUUUGUGCCAACUGCUGAAUAACCUCAGACCUGACACCAUCAACCUGAAAGAGAUCAACCUCCGACCUCAGAUGUCACAGUUCCUCUGCCUAAAGAACAUUCGGACAUUCCUGUCUGCAUGUUGUGAUGCAUUUGGGAUGAAGAAAAGUGAAUUGUUUGAUGCCUUCGAUCUCUUUGAUGUCCGUGAUUUUGGAAAGGUCAUCGACACCUUAUCCAAACUCUCUUAUACCCCUUUUGCACAGCGGGCAGGGAUUAGGGCAUUUCCCACAGAGGAAAGCAGUGAAAAUGAAGACAUAUAUAUCCAUUUAGCAGAUCUUAUUGAUGAAGAGCUGGUAGAGGAUAUUUAUGACGCUGUGUAUGGAGAGGUGGAAGGUGGAGAAGUUUAUGAAGAUCUGAUGAGGACAGAUGCAGCUGCGUCUCAGACGAAGCAGGCCGAGGUGGACAUCAGAAGCUGCUGUCUAUCUGAGAUCAAACAGACAGAAGCCAAAUACACCGAGACUCUGGAGACCAUUGAGAAGUACUUUAUGAUCCCGCUGAUGAAAUUUAUCCCAGCAACAGAAAUGGAUCAAGUUUUCAUCAACAUACCAGACCUGGUUAAAGUUCACAAAUGCCUGAUGGCUGAAAUUCAAGACUCCGUUGCAAAUAAAAAUGCAGAAAACCUCUACCAUAUCUUUAUUGUUUACAAAGACAAGCUUCUUCUGUAUGGAAAAUACUGCAGUAAUGUAGAAACAGCCAUUUCACACUUAGACUUCAUCUGUAAGGAGAAAGACGGUGUUCGGCUAAAAUUGGAGGAAUGUUCAAAGAGAGCUAACAAUGGGAAAUUCACUUUGAGAGACUUGUUAGUGGUCCCCAUGCAGCGAGUACUGAAAUACCCACUACUACUCCAGGAAUUGGUCAAAUAUACCAGCGACAGCACAGAAAAAAGCAACCUCCGUUUUGCCCUUGAUGCCAUGAGAGAUCUAGCCCAGUAUGUAAAUGAGGUUAAAAGAGACGUUGAGACUCUAAGGGAGAUUGAUCAGUAUCAAAGAUCAAUUGAGAAUUUGAAUACAUCAUUGCUUUCUUAUGGAAGACCGAAGGGUGAUGGUGAAGUUCGUUUGGUGUCAAAUGUGGACAAGCGGAGACAGGACAGGCAUAUUUUUUUGUUCGAUGUGGCUGUAAUUGUCUGUAAGCGGCGCGGGGACAUCUAUGAGAUGAAGGAAGUGAUCGACCUCAACCAUUUCAAGAUUACAGAUAACCCCACCAGUGAUAAGGAAUGCAGAAAGUGGUGCUACGGGUUCUUCCUCACCCACCAGCAGGGACAGAUUGGCUUUGAGUUCCUGUUUAAAACCAGUGAGCUGAAGAAGAAAUGGCUGGACCAGUUUGAGAUGGCCAUAUCCAAUAUUCGUCCCGAGAAUGCCACCUUUAACUCACAUCGGUUUAGAAUGCACACCUUCGAGAGGGCCACCACCUGCAGCUCCUGUCAUAUGCUUCUCAGGGGAAUUUUUAACCAGGGAUACUUGUGUCCAAAAUGUGGUAUAGGGGCUCAUAAAGGUUGCCUGGGAAGACUAGGAUUCUGUGGAAGGGCAGGUGCUGUUGUUCCAAAGCCUCAGAGACACACUAUACCUAUGCAACAGGAAGACCAGGGGUUGCCUAAAAUGCUGGUCAUCCGAGACUAUUUCGGCAUCCCUAGUCCUCAUGGUGGUCCGCCUCUGAGUGUUCAGAUGGGUGAUAUCAUCGAGCUCGUCUGUGCCGAUCCACACAGUUCCUGGUGGCAGGGCAAGAUUCUGACGACGGAAGAGAUCGGCUUCUUUCCGAGCGAUGCGGUUAAGCCCUGCCCAUGUGUUCCUAGGACAGUCGACUAUUCAGCCCAACCUUGGUUUGCCGGACCCAUGGAGAGGCACCACGCUGAAGCCGAGCUCAUGGGGAGAGAAAACAGCACCUAUCUGGUGAGAUACAGGAGCCGGGAGAGCAGAGAAUAUGCCAUCAGCAUCAAGUACAACAACAAUGUGAAGCACAUUAAGAUCCUCACCAAGGAAGGCUGUUUCUACAUUGCUGAGAGCAGGACAUUCAAGACUUUGUUAGGAUUGGUGGAAUAUUACAAACAGAACUCGCUAAAAGAGGGUUUCCGUACUCUGGAUACUACUCUUCAGGUGCCCUACAAAGAGCUGGCUAGAGGACUCAUUUUCAGAGCUCCUGUAUUGACCCCAAGAGUGGUUGGCAUCGCGCUGGCACGAUAUGAUUUCGGCUCUAGAGACACACGGGAACUCUCACUGCAGGUGGGAGACCUGGUGAAGAUUUAUAUCAAGUGUGCUAAUGGAUGGUGGAAAGGCGAGGUCAAUGUCCGGGUGGGAUGGUUCCCAUCGACCUACGUGGCGGAAGAGGAAUGACCACAGCUAGAAGUUUUCCAACGUUGCACUACUGGAAAUUCCUCACUAGGCUGUUAGUGAUGAGCCACCUGAUCGAUCUAGAAACAUAAUGGUGAACUAUAUGCUAUUUUUAAGGGCAGGAAGCAAUUAUGAAGCUCUUGUGAUGGGAGCUGGUGGACUGCAGUGGAAACCUGCAGCGUGAUGCAUCCGAGGCCUCGUUGGCUUUGACUGUUUAAUAAGUUAUGAAUCUCCCUUGCUGCUCCAUAUUCGCUCUUCACCACAUCCCGACAUCUCUCUCUCUUGUCUCCCCUACUUUCUCUCCCUCUCGAUCACCUUGUCACCUCCGGAAAUCUUCACACAGGGCCCCCCUCUCUCUGGCUUCUAAAAAUUUAAACUCCAUUUCUGUGGUAUGCCGGACCACCCAUAAACUCAGGAGUGGCACGCAGAGAGAAAAGCCCUGAGCUGGUCGUUUUUUUUUCAGGCUCGGCGACCUUUAUGCAGUGCUUUCUGCUCACCUUGUGUUAUAAUUGAUGAUGUCAUUCGCCGGUCUGACUCUGCAAAGUUUGGCUGUGGCGAGACACCACGCGAGCUGUCACGAAGCCUUCUUCCCUGCCUCCUCCUCUUCAGCUCUGAUAACACUUAGCAUCGGGGCACUCGGAGCACGGCGCGGUGACAGGAGACCUGCCGUUCAGUGCGAUAUCCAUCUCUGCUGGGCUAUCGCACUGUGCUGUGAUCAGUCACCCGCUCUGUCUGUUUCUAAACCUCAGGUGCUCCCAAACACGAGCAGAAUGUUGUUGGCACAGGUUUUAAAACUCGGUUUUCUCACUCUUGUCAUGCAGCUGAAGGAGUAAAGAAGUUAAUGGUUCACUGUUUGCAGUAGGGCCACUGGGCACAGCCUGCAAUACACCGCAAAAAGUGGCCAGUAGAAAACUAACAAAUGAAAUAAUACAUUUGGUGAGGUCUUCGCUUGUUACUAGUGACAAUCUGUACAAUACCUAAAAUACUGUACCCUUAUUAAGAUUUUAACAUUUUCUUGAUACAGUUUUGCUGUUCAGGCAUCAAACAGAAUUGAUCUUGUAUGUUUUCAUACAGAAGGGCUCCAAAUAACAGAUCGUUUUUAUACAGUUUUAUACAAAUGAUAUUUUUUCACAAUACCAAUUUGGCAGUAAGGUUGUUAAACGAAAAAUCACAUGAGUUUGAGCAUUGUUUAGUGUUUGGCAUGUGCCUCUUUUGGUUUAAUGACAGCAUGCACUCAAGCUGGCAUGGGCUGAUAUUUCAUGUUAUCCCAGCAUGAUUUGACAAUGUUCCAGAAGCAUUUGGUGUGCUUCGACAGAAGAAAGAGAAUAUGACCUUGUGUAGACAAGUUAACAUGUUCAAUGUCCUAAAUUUGCUUAUUUGAUUAGUGACCUAGAAUAGUGAAAAGUCUCUAAUACAUUUUACAUCAUAACGUAUUUCUUUUUUUUUUUAUCCAAAAUGUUUUGUUUGUUGAUGACCACAUACCCUAUUGUAUUUUACUGAAACAAGAAAAUGAUGGCAUUUGCAUGUUUCUUAUGGCAAUUUAUGUUUGUUCAGGUUUUCUGUUUUCCAUCAAAAUAA